CUCUAACUGAUUGCCUUUGCUUUGAACGGUCAUCUUAUUGUUUCUGCAUUUUGCUUUCGACGUCUCCCUCCAUCACAGCUUCAGUAGUAGAAACAGUUUCCAUAGUUUAAUUUGUACAACUCAGAGAAUAAGUCAUACUUUUAGUAUUUUUCAUGGGAGUAACACAAUGGACUGGAUGAUAUCUACCACAUUAUUCUUGUCAGUGUUACAAGCUGCACUUUGUUUCAAUAUUGAUCCUGUGGCUUGGAAGUCCCUGAGUAACUCUGCUGCAGGUUUUGGAUACCAGGUGGUACAAAGACAAUCAGAUUUGCUGGUCAGUGCCCCCCUUGCACAAUAUUCAUCAAGUCAAAGAGGCCAAAUAUUUAAGUGCUCCACCGAAUCCUGCACGAAAGUAUCAGUACCAGUGCCAGAAUUUGCAGUCAACAUGUCCCUUGGUUUGACAAUGACAAGUGAUCCCACCACACAAAACACUCUGGCAUGUGGUCCAACCAUCCCAAAGGACUGCAAAAGUAUCACGCUGUAUAGUGGUGUAUGCUUGCAGUUAUCCAGUCAUAAUCGUGUUGGACACUCUAUGCCUUCUUCUUCUGAAGAGUGUCGAACCCAAGCAGAAAUUGCAUUUCUGUUGGAUGGCUCAGGCAGCGUAGAUGCAGAGGAUUUUUAUAGAAUGAAGACUUUUGUGAAAAAUCUGGUCGGAUCAUUCCAGGGACAGGAUACAAAGUUUGCCAUUGCCCAGUUCUCCACAAAUCCCACCAUCCAUUACUACUUUAAUACUUUUGAUACUAAUAACUGGAAAUCUCAAAUUGAUGGAAUAAGACAGAUAAGUGGAUCCACUUACACAGCUGAAGCCAUCGAACACGUUGUCAACUAUGUCUUCUCGGCAAGCAGAGGCUCCAGGUUAGAUGUGAAGAAGAUUUUAAUAGUCAUUACAGAUGGAGAAUCUCAUGACCGGGCGUAUUUGCAAAAUGCAGUAAAUUCAGCUGAAAAGAAAAAGAUUGUUCGAUUUGCUAUUGGGGUGGGGGGUGCAUUCACAAAUUACAGAGCAAAACAGGAACUGGCCACCAUUGCAUCUAAACCCUCAGCAAAUCAUGUGUUUCAAGUAUCAAACUUUGACGCUCUUGAACAAAUACGGCAGAAUUUGCAGGACAAAAUCUUCUCUAUUGAAGGAUCUCAAACUGGUGGAGAGUCAUUGAAAAUGGAAAUGGCUCAAAUGGGAUUCAGUGCAGCUUAUGUACCUGGGGGGAUUCAGAUGGGUAUUGUUGGUGCCAACCAGUGGAAGGGAGGUUACCAGAAAUAUACAAGCACAGGCCAGAAGAGGAUCUCCUAUGAGCCUUCAAAUAUGGAACCUGACAGUUAUCUGGGUUACUCCAUGGCAGUCGCCAAAACAUGGUUUGGCACACUGACAAUUGUUGGUGCUCCAAGAUAUCAACACAGAGGAGUUGUGAUGUCAGUUUUUGAAGACAGCAUUGACCAAAAAAUUGAUCCCCUUGCUUGGCAGUUUCAGAUUGGUGAAUAUUUUGGUGCAGUGGUUUGUGCCAUGGAUGUGGAUCGUGACACGUACACUGACCUAGUCCUCAUAUCUGCCCCUAUGUACAUGGACAUUGAUAGAGAAGGACGAGUUUAUGUUUGCAGCUUAUCAAAUGUGAGAGUUGAGUGUCGCUUCGAUAAUCCAUUAGUACUGAGAGGGGAUGCAUCUGACCAAGGAAGGUUUGGGUCUUCUCUCGCUGUAUUGCCUGACCUUAACAGUGAUGGUCUCAAUGAUUUGGCAGUUGGAGCACCUUUGGAGAAUGGUGGUCGAGGUAGCAUCUACAUCUUCCACGGCGAAACAGGAGGAGGAAGGAUUAGUCCUACUUACUCACAGAGAAUCGCUUCCUCUGAAGUCCAGCCAGGACUGAAGUUCUUUGGCAUGUCGAUCAGUCAGUCGUCUUUUGACCUUAGUAACGACAAUCUGCCUGAUUUAGCAGUGGGUUCAAAGGGAACAGUUGUCUUACUCAGAUCAAAGCCUAUAGUAAUGGUAGAAGCUGCGGUGACAUUCAACCCAAACAAAAUCCAAACUCAAAACUCAGACUGCUCAAAACCACUGGACAACACAGCUAGAAUCUGCUUUACCAUGACCGGACGCUCUACAGUAGAUAAAGCUAUAGCAACGAUUAAUUAUACUUUAACGCUGGAUGCCACACGUAAGGUCCCAAACAACCGAGCUUACAUCACGGAGAAACAGCGAGAGCAGAGUGGAUCAAUAACUCUUGGCUUAGAGAAACGAUGCUUCGAUGUGAGCUUCCACAUUGAGGCCUGUCCAGAAGAUGCUCUGAAUCCACUUGACAACGAGCUCCGAUUCACCUUUGACGGUUUGGCUUCUGACAAAAAUCUCAAGCCAUGUCUGGCCCAACAGGCUCAGACAACAACCUUUCAUCCUUUACCUUUUGAGAUCAACUGCGGCAAUGACAACAACUGUAUAGAUAACCUGAAAGUGGAUUUCAACUUCACCAGUUCCUCAGAGGUUAAAGUAGGCAUUGAUGAACUGCUGGAGGUCACUGUGUCAGUGGAAAACAGGGAGGAAAACUCCUACAACAGCCAUGUCAUUCUCACGUACCCACCUGGGCUCUCCUACAGGAAGUUUACAGGCCUGCAGGGAAGAAUUGAGUGCAACUCCUUGGACAGUGGAGCCGGCUUAUCUCAGGGAAAGACAGACUGCACUAUUGACAAGCCUAUUUUCAAGAGUAACGCUAAGGCGCUCUUCAUUGUGUCCUAUGGGAUCGAAAGCAACAGUCAACUUGACAGGAAGUUAUUCAUCACUGCAAAUGCCACCAGUGGGAACGAGCACUCCAAGUCAAGUGAACUUUACAAAAUGAAAGGGAUUGAUGUGAAGUACAGCAUUUUUAUGACAAUUGAAAGUUCCCUCAGCUACAGCAAUUUCACUUACGGCAAGAGUAAUUUGCAGAAACCAGUCCAACAAUCAAUUAAGGUUGUGAAUGACAUCAGAGCACUGAAUUUCACUGUGGUGAUCAGGGUGCCAGUAAAGCUUGGUAAUAAAGACAUCUGGGUGGAUUCGAGCAGUUUGCAGAUUCCAGACUGCCAAAGAGAUAAAGAUGAAAAACCCACUGUCACAAAUUUUGUUGCUCAGAUACAGAAAAAUAAGUCAGUGGACUGCUCUGUAGCCAGUUGCAGAGUGUUCAAGUGCAAUCGAUUCACGGGACCUCUGGAGAUUAAAAAGUACACAAUCUCUGCCAACCUUAGUUCUGAAUGGAUAAAGCAGAUUGGACUUGAUUCUGCCAAAUUCCUCUUGACCAGCAUGGCCAGUCUGGAGUAUGACAGAAACCAGUACAUCUUCUUUUCAGUGCAGUCAAAUAACAAUCCUCCCAUUCACAAGAUUGUGGCAGAGGUAGAAGUGUAUCCUGAACCAGACUUCACCAAAGAGAUUGUUGGAGGAUCUCUGGGAGGGUUGGCUCUGCUGGCUUUACUCACUGCUGGCCUGUACAAGGCUGGAUUUUUCAAGAGUAAAUACAAGGAGAUGAUUAAUGAGGAACAAACAGCUGAUCCGGGGGUUGAGGGAGGCGAACCCACACCGGAGUGACAAACAUGAAGUCAGUUGAUGUCCCACAGACAAGCUGAUACAAGCCAGAAAACACCAAAACUGUUCCAACAUCUACACUGGCUUUGUUAUCUUGGAUUAUUUCAUCUUUACCAUAAGUUGUUGUACCAUAAGUUUGUCCUAAAUAGAAAAUAUAUAAAUAUGUUGCCAUUUUCAUGAAUAGAUAUUUGAAUGGAAAAUAUAUUUGUGCAACCACUUUCAUUUGAUUAACCUGAAAAAGAGCUUGUGAUGCAUACAUAGAGUGGCAAGAGUUUUAGAGCUUCAAAACUGAUUUUGUAAUCCACAUUUUGAACUGAAUUGCUUACUUGGUCUACGAUGAAAUAUUUGUGCUGAUAUCCCUGCAAACCAUGUGUGUUAAUCUGUAAUUUUUUUUAAGUGAAAAAUAAUUCAAUACAGUAUGAUCCUCUGGAGUCUGGUUUUCAUCACGUGAUACACUGUAAAUCUGCUGAAAUACAAGGUGGAACACUUAAGAGCGAGCAUCUUACUUGCUUAGAGUAAGAUAACAUGUAUUUGAUAUGACUUUUAUUGACCUAUGUGAGCUGCUUUUAAAAUGUGCAAUGUUGUGUUCUGAAAGUAUGUAAAAAGACAUAUUUGAUGCUUCAU